AUGCUUUUCUCCCAGCUUAUAUGCCUCUCAGGCGUCAUCGCUAUUGCCUCUGCAGCUCCAUUGCAGGCCGUAACCGGAGAGUCAGCGAUCGGGGCGAAGAUUGAAGCUCGUCAAUAUUUUACUGGACGGACUGUCACUCCUCCUGAGAAUGCUGAGGAGAGGAAUUUUGAGAAACGACAGUAUUUCACUGGACGGACUGUUACGCCUCCUGAGAAUGCUGAGGAGAAGAAUUUUGAGAAACGACAGUAUUUUACUGGACGGACUGUGACGCCUCCUGAGAAUGCUGAGGAGAGGAAUUUUGAGAAAAGGCAGUAUUUCACUGGACGAACCGUCACGCCUCCGGAGAAUGCUGAAGAGAGAAACUUUGAGAAGCGCCAGUAUUUUACUGGAAGGACUGUGACGCCUCCUGAGAAUGCUGAGGAGAGAAACUUUGAGAAACGGCAGUAUUUUACUGGAAGGACUGUUACUCCUCCUGAGAAUGCUGAGGAGAAGAAUUUUGAGAAACGGCAGUAUUUCACUGGACGGACUGUUACGCCUCCUGAGAAUGCUGAAGAGAAGAAUUUUGAGAAAAGGCAGUAUUUCACUGGACGAACCGUCACGCCUCCGGAGAAUGCUGAAGAGAGAAACUUUGAGAAGCGCCAGUAUUUUACUGAAAGGACUGUAACGCCUCCUGAGAACGCCGAGGAGGCCAACUUCAACUAA